AUGGCGCUCCGUGGGCCCCUCCGGCCGCGCAAAGUUCGUAGGAGGCGAGAGAUGCUGCCACAGCAAGUUGGCUUCGUGUGCGCGGUGCUGGCCCUGGUAUGCUGUGCGUCCAGCCUCUUCGGCAGCUUGGGGCACAGAUCAGCUCCUGCUAGCAAACAAGGGCCGCCAGACACGUGGAGGAACAGAAAGCUGAUGGCACCAGUGAACGGGACACCAGUGACCAAGAACUGCACUGACCCUGCCAUUCACGAGUUCCCCACAGACCUGUUCUCUAACAGGGAGCGACAGCAUGGAGCCGUCCUUCUGCACAUCCUCGGUGCGCUGUACAUGUUCUACGCCUUGGCCAUCGUGUGUGAUGACUUCUUUGUCCCAUCUCUGGAGAAGAUCUGUGAGAGGCUCCAUCUGAGUGAAGAUGUGGCUGGAGCUACUUUCAUGGCUGCGGGGAGCUCAACGCCAGAGCUCUUUGCGUCUAUUAUUGGUGUAUUCAUCACCCACGGAGACGUCGGGGUCGGGACCAUCGUGGGCUCGGCUGUGUUCAACAUCCUGUGUAUCAUUGGCGUCUGUGGACUGUUCGCAGGACAGGUAGUGCGCCUGACGUGGUGGGCCGUGUGCCGGGACUCCGUGUACUACACACUCUCCGUGGUCGUGCUCAUUGCAUUCAUCUACGAUGAAGAAAUCGUGUGGUGGGAAGGCUUGGUGCUCAUCAUCUUGUAUGUGUUCUAUAUCCUCAUCAUGAAGUACAAUGUGAAGAUGCAAGCCUUUUUCACCAUCAAACAAAAGACUGUUGCCAAUGGCAACACGGUCAACAACGAGCUGGAGGAUGGUAAUGAUUACUGUGACGUUAGCUUUGAUGACCCUUCCGUGCCAUUGCUGAGGCAAGUGAAGGAAAAGCCAGCCUACAGCAAAAACCCGGUGGUAAUGGUGGACGAGGUCAUGAGCUCCAGCCCUCCCAAGUUCAACUUCCCUGAGGCGGGCUUGCGCAUAAUGAUCACCAAUAAAUUUGGACCCAGGACCCGACUGCGCAUGGCCAGCAGGAUCAUAAUUAAUGAGCGGCAGAGACUCAUCAACUCGGCGAACGGCGUGAACACCAAGCCGCUGCAGAACGGGAGACACGAGAACAUCGAGAACGGCAACGUGCCCAUGGAGAACCCUGGGGAACCUCCCCAGGACCAGGAGCAGCCACCCCCGCCGCCACCCCCGGAGCCCGAGCCCAGCGAGACGGCCUUCCUGUCCCCCUUCUCCAUGCCCAAAGCAAAAGGGGACAAAGCCAAGUGGGUGCUCACCUGGCCGCUGAUCUUCCUGCUCUGCAUCACCGUUCCCAACUGCAGCAAGCCCUCCUGGGAGAAGUUUUUCAUGGUCACCUUCGUCACUGCCACGCUGUGGAUCGCUGUGUUCUCCUAUCUGAUGGUGUGGCUGGUGACCAUUAUUGGAUACACACUUGGCAUCCCCGACGUCAUCAUGGGCAUCACUUUCCUGGCAGCGGGGACGAGCGUUCCAGACUGCAUGGCCAGCUUAAUCGUGGCCAGACAAGGCCUUGGGGACAUGGCGGUGUCAAACACUAUUGGGAGCAACGUGUUUGACAUCCUCGUAGGACUCGGCAUUCCAUGGGGCCUGCAGACCAUGGUCAUUAGUUAUGGAUCCACAGUGAAGAUCAACAGCCGGGGGCUGGUCUAUUCGGUGGUGCUGUUGCUGGGCUCUGUCGCUCUCACUGUCCUCGGCAUCCAUCUGAACAAGUGGAGACUAGACCGGAAGCUGGGCAUCUACGUGCUGGUCCUCUAUGCCAUCUUCCUGUGCUUCUCCAUCAUGAUCGAGUUCAACGUCUUCACCUUCGUCAACCUGCCUAUGUGUCGGGAAGACGACUAAGGCUGAGCCGCCGCCCCAGGGUG